UGUCAUAGAUGCUGCGAUGGAUGAGAAGGAUGAAUCCAGCGAGGAUGAUGCUGAAGAGGACUCCGAUGGCGUGCACGACUCAAGGCCUGGCUCAGCGAGCUCCAGGCAGAGAGUUGCCGUGGCAAAUGAAGAGAUGUCACCAUUGGAAGUACAUUUUUCUCAGAUGAGGGCGAAUCCUCAUUUUCGAGACGGACGAUCUCUCGACAAGGCUAUCGAAGAAAUCGAGAAAGUGCCCUGGAGUGGAUCAUCUCCCAAGGAUGCAGAUAAGCCUGUGUGGCUACUGAAGGCUCCAUUUCCACCCAUCGAGGUCAUGAAGUGGCGAUGCAAAUUACGCGAUGAAGCGACAGGUCGACCCUUGGUGGACCCACAGACUGGAGGAGAGCUGCUCGAUGCAGAGGACCGAUGGUUCACACUGGACAAUCGACGUUUGUAUUGCUUGCAGAAGGUUGCUGUCUCCCUGUGGCCCGAUCGUGCAGUGGCUGAAGUGUGCUGUUUGCCGUCUACCAAGGUGACCAAAAUGCGACAGCUGAAGAAAUUCCGUACUUUGGAUCGUGGCUGCACCAUUCUUGUGGGCAACAGGGUUGGUGGACCUAUGCUUGGCCGUUGGUCAUGGCGAGAAACUGCUGGCAUUCAGGAGCCAACCCCAGCUGAGAGCAAGGUCCAAAUCAACCGCCGGCGGCCACGGCGAGAUUAUGCGCAGGAACAGGCGUCGGCGCUUGCGAAGCAACACCGGCGAGAGCGAAGGGAUCGGUCCCAGGCGCAGUCGGAGGAGGAGAACUGGCUGAUUUCUUGGCGAGGGAUUUUGGCCUUUGUUCUGGUGUAUGUCUUGGUUCGAUGUGUCGUACGGAUCUUGGCGGUCUUCCGGGCCAACUUCCUCCAGUGAGUCGUGUUUUGCACGCUCUGGGUGAAAAUCAUUUGUAGAAAGAUGUAGAAAGUGUGUGUGUGUGUGUGAAAAGACAAGGCAUGACUUGGCAACAUUGACUCAAC